AUAAAGGAAUCGGUUUCAAGAGAAUAUUCUGAAUUCGACUUCAAAUUGACAUUUCUCUGCCCAAUCUUCACUGUUGUGGAUGUUUGUUUUGACUGAGAUGACAGAAGCCAUCUGAUGAAAACAAUGGGGAAUAUCUCUAUUUUGAAUUGUAUUAUUUUGUGUUUCAGUGUUUUAUCUGCUCAUUGUCAGUUCUGGAUAGAUCAAGAAGCACAAGACAGGAUUACUGGUGAAAGUCUCCCUUUGAUAUUGAAAUUUUUGAACGAUGACGUUGGUGCAAUUAUUAAUUAUAAUUCAGGAAAAAUUAAGCACACUCGGUUGAAGGGAGACAUCUUGGAGGUGGACAUUACAGCUACCUUAACAUGCAAAUCUCCGAGUGAACAGUGCAACUAUGAAAGUGCUGAUUGUAGAGGUCUUCUUUUCGUCAAACCUAAUGAACAACUGCAGGUAAUUUCUGUAGACUGUAACCCAAAUUUACCCAUUGAGGAACCCCUUGCUCUUCCAAUCCAAGAUGUGCAUUGUGAAGGAUGUAUGGUUGAUAUGAAUCCAAAUGCCAAAGGUGUGGAAGAAUUAGCAAAAAAUGUUAUGCAGCAUAUAGAAUCUGAAAAAGGAAGGAAAUACAGCUUGAUUAAAAUCUUAAAGAUUCAACGGGAGGUAACAAAUGGUGUAAACUUUGUUUUGACUGUCCUUAUUGGGCGUCCACCACAUCUUUGCAACCCUAGUGUUCAGGAAUGCAUCAGAGAUUCUAAGGAAGAUAUGUAUUGUGCAGUUAAAUUUUUCCAAGAACCAGGAUAUCAAUCUCCUAAAAACAUAAUAUCCAACAAUUGUACACAGACUCAAACUUUCAUACCAGUAUUUCCUGAGCAUCAAUCCAAUGACAUAAAUAGAGUAGAUACAGGAAAGAAUAGAUAUGAAGAAAAGUCUUUUUAUCCCAAGCAAUCAGAACUGAGCGAAAACGAUAUUCUGAAAGAAAUAGAUGCACAAAUUAUACCUUCCAAUGAAUUUGUGCCUGAAUCAACGAAAAAUAAAGCAAUGCUGCAGCCUGGUCCAGUGAAAAAUAUGGAAACAUCCUCUGCUAAUAACUUACUCGAUGAAAGUAGCCAAUCCAAUAUUGCUUCAAGUACAUUCCAAGAGGUAUUGGCAACAGAAGAUCAUCCAAUAUCUAUUGUUACAGAUAUGGCUAUAAAUCAAGAUGAAAAUGAAAACUCCUCUUCAUUAACAGAUACAAAACUAAGUUCGACAUCUGAACCACUUCAAGAGAAGUUCCUGCACCAACAAAAUAGUGAUGCAGAGUUUAAUUCUCAAUCAUCUGAUUUGAAGGAGAUGCAUUCAGCAACUGAUAACAACUCUGAGGCGCACAGAAGAGAAAGAAGGGGUUUAGUUGGUGGAAAGAAAGAAAUAGAUGUCAAUAAUCCGAAUAUAAAAGAAUAUGCAGAAAAAGGAAUAGACCUAUUGAAUACUAAGCUAAGCAGAGGCGAUUCACUAUUCAGAAUCGGUAAAAUUCUAUCGGCGACAUCACAAGUAGUAUCUGGAGUUUCGUACGAUAUCACAGCACAGGUAACCGAUUGUCAAACAGAUGGAAAUUCCAUAGAAAAUUGCAAAAACGUGCCAGAAAUCUGCGAUAUAAACAUCUGGUACCGCCCUUGGUUAAACAGUAGAAUAAUCACUGUAAAAUUUGGCGGAGGGACUUACACCGUUGACGACUUGAAGACUAAUGGCCGAUCAAAAAGAGAUACCUUAGUUGGUGGCUGGACCCAAAAAGGAACUGACGAUCCUAAAGCGAAAAUACAUUUAGGCAACCUUCUGACUAAGUUAGACGCACAGUCUGGGACGGGUAACAAACUGGAGAUCAAGGAAAUUCUAUCUGUCUCGACCCAAGUGGUAGCAGGGACCAAUUGGCGUAUAAAGGCUUUAGUUUCACGAUCAGACGCACUCCAAACCGAGUGCAACUUCAAGUUUUGGGAGAAAUUGCCCGAUGCAAAUAGAGUGAGACAUUUGGAAAACGUCGAAAUCGAAUGUGACAAUCCUCAAUUGAAUUACAGGAGCAAACGCGAUAUUCUCGUGAGAAAACCCCGUCAACUGCUCGUCGGAGGUUAUAAUCCUCUUCCUAACGACGAUUCCAGAAUCGCCAAGCACGUGUCUCACCUUUUGCUAACGUUGGACGCUCAGUCUGGCAAAGACUACAAAUUGAAGAUGAAGAACGUCAUUUCCGCUUCAAGCCAGGUGGUAGCUGGUACAAACUGGGACAUCAAGGCUAGAGUUUCACUCUCCGAUUGUAAAAAGUCAGAUGAAAAAUUACCGGAAAGCUGUGGAGAAAACGAGAAAUCGUAUGAAACUGUGUGCGAGUUCAAGUUUUGGGAAAGACUACCUGAUAAGAAUGGGGUAAGAACCUUGGAUAACGUUCGUAUAAGUUGCGAAGACUCCAGCUUAAGUUUAAGGAAUAAGAGGCAAAUCGAAAAAGCCACAGAAUUGAAUAGCGAAUCUGAAGCUAAUGUGCCUGGAGGUCAGCGGUUUGUGAAGGACAAUGAAGAUGAAAUUAAGGAGUUUAUAUCCGAAAGCUUAAGACACAUGGACGAAAUGUCUUCCCAUGAAAAUAAGUUUACAGUCCUAGACUUCCUUUCAUCGACUAAACAAUUAGUAUCCGGACAUUUGUGGAGAAUCAAGGCGGUAAUAGUUCUUUCUGACUGCAACAAAAACGAUCAGACAGACUGGAGUCGAUGCGGUAAACUGCAGGGCGCUGAGCCGAAGCGUUGCUUGAUAAUGGUUUGGAACAGGCCCUGGCUCGAGAACGGCAGGGAAACGAAUAUCACUUGCGACAACCCAACUGACGUUUAUUUUUUCAAAUCGGGAAAAUCUACCAAGUUAGAUUCUCCGGUGGUGAAACACAACGUAUCGCAUUACGAUGCUUUCCUAGAAUUCGAAAAGACCCACAGGAAAAGUUACUCGACUCCCUUGGAACGAAUUCGCAGAUACCUGAUUUUCCGAGAGAAUAUGAUAUACGUGGAGUUACUCAACAGGAACGAACAAGGUACAGCGGUGUACGGACCCACCAAAUUCGCAGAUUUGACUAGGGAAGAAUUCUCCAAGGGGUUGGGCUACAGAAGCGAGCUUAGGAAUGAGAACGAGCUUAGUUUUAUGCAGGCCGAUAUACCCGAUAUCAAGUUGCCCGAUUCUUUCGAUUGGAGGGAGAAAGGGGCCGUUGCCAAAGUCAAGGAUCAGGGCUCUUGUGGUAGUUGUUGGGCCUUUAGUGUGACAGGCAACGUAGAAGGGCAGUAUGCAAUAAAAUAUGGAAAGUUAUUGGAGUUUUCCGAGCAGGAAUUGGUGGAUUGUGACAAAUUAGAUCAAGGUUGUAAUGGUGGACUUAUGGAUAACGCAUACAGGCAGAUAGAGAAACUCGGUGGACUGGAAGAAGAGAAAGAUUAUCCUUAUGAUGCAAGGGAUGAGACGUGCCAUUUCAAUAAAGGACUUAUACGUGUUGAGCUAGCUGAUGCUGUAAACAUCAGUCAAGAUGAAACAGAGAUGGCCAAAUGGUUGGUGAAAAAUGGACCUAUUUCCAUCGCUAUUAACGCCAAUGCCAUGCAAUUUUAUAUGGGAGGUGUGUCCCAUCCAUGGAAGGUUUUGUGCAAUCCGAAAAGUUUGGACCAUGGUGUUUUGAUUGUUGGUUAUGGAGUUCAUACUUAUCCGAAAUUCAAGAAAUCACUUCCUUAUUGGAUAGUUAAGAAUUCAUGGGGAAAAUCUUGGGGUGAGCAAGGGUACUACAGGGUAUACAGAGGAGAUGGUACCUGUGGAGUAAAUCAGACUCCAUCAAGUGCCAUUUUGAAAUAAACACUGGCAAUAAGUGUAUGUCAGCCAUCAGAAGUCAAUUGAACAUUGACUGUAGUAAGUUAAGAAAUUUUAUGUAUUUGAGAAAUAAGUUAUCGAAUAACGCAUUACUUUUUAUCUUAUAAAUGAACUAAAUUAUAGUAUACAAGGUUAUUAGAUUAAUUUUAUUGAAAUCUAAAAUUUUUAUCGUACGUUGAAUUUACAUUAUUGUUAUACAUUUCAUGAGAACAAUAGCCAUAAAAUACAUAACAAAGUUAAUUCUAAUAAUUUAAUAAGCAGCUAUCGUUCAACAUCAUGACAAAAAUAUUUUUUGACUUUCAUGUGAUAUUUUCAAGAACAUGUUUAUUUUAAAACAAUAUAACAAUUAGUUAGUUAAGAACAAAAUGAAUAAAUUUAACACUGAAA